GCCCGUGCAGAUGGAGCGACACCUGGUGCGCCCGCCGCCCACCUGCCCCGAGCCCAGCUGCCUGCCGCUCGACUCUGGCUCCUCCCACAUCAUGACACGUGACGUGUGGCUGCGAGUGUUCACUCACCUGAGCCAGAGAGAGCUGUGCGUCUGCAUGAGGGUCUGCCGCACCUGGAGCCGCUGGUGUUGUGACAAACAUUUGUGGACUCAGAUUGACCUGAGCCGGCAGCGCUCCAUCACCCCCCCCAUGCUGAGUGGUAUCAUCCGCCGUCAGCCCGUCUCCCUCAACCUGGGCUAUACCAACAUCUCCAAGAAACAGCUGAUGUGGCUCAUCAACCGCCUGCAAGGUGCCCUCACUUCCUGUUUACCUGAACUAACUGUAACCCUUCUGCUGUUGUCAUGUGACAAACACCUGAGACAGGAAACAGGAAGUGAAUCUGAGCUUAUUUCACACAAUGUGAGACGACUUCCUGUUUGAGCACCUUUAUGGUCUCACCUGUGACUCUGACCUGUGACUCUGACCUGUAGUC